AUGGAUGCAGAAACAUCAACUAAGCAUGAAAAAGAACGAUUGAAUUCUAUUCCAAAAGGUAAACCUAAAAGUGGUCGAACUUGGAAGAUGAAUAAAGGAAGAUUUUCUGCUAUUUCUCGACCAAAAUCUAUCAAAGUUUCAUAUGAAGAACGUAAAAAAAUGAAAACUGAUUUAAAUGAAACUCGUACUCGUGAAAAACAAAUGUGGGAUGUUGUUAACGAAAAACGUGAUAAAUUAAAACAACGACAAAAAGAAAACAAAGAACGUCGACUUAUUAAUGAACGUAAAGGUGAAGUUGUUCAAGUUAUUAAAAAUCCGGCUAAAAUAAAACGAAUGAAAAAGAAACAAUUACGUUCUAUACAAAAACGUGAUCUUGAUAAAUUAAAAACGAAAAAAACUUAA